AUAGGACAAAUAAAUAAAUAUUGAGUCCAGCAGGGACCGCGGCUUCCCGUUAUCGCUGCGUUUCAUCUUCCUUGUUCAGUAAUUGUCCGAAACUGGACAUAGCCACAGGGUGAAUGAAAAGUAAGGCGAGCGUUUUUUAGAGAUGAGGAGAACAACGCAAGCAGUUUGAAGGUUUGGGUGACUGCACAUCCAGCGGGGUUUGUCGGGAAGAUUAAUCCUUGAUCUGGAGGAGGAGAGAAGGACGACUGUUCGAGCAGAGCAUCAUUCGUUAACAGCCUCCUCCAAUACAGAGUGGAAAUAACGAGGAAUAUCUUUUAGGACUUCAUAAAAUUAGUCUGUUAUAACAUUCAAGCUCUUCGUUUUCUCUUUUUAAUAACUGUUUGCGGUUGAAAUACUCGUUACGCAUCUCUUGUAUGAUCCCGCAUCCCCACGAGGGGAAUACACAGCGCAGGCGUUGACCUGAAAUUUAUAUUAUAGUAAACACGGAGUCUCGCUCUGUAUGUUUUAGUAUUUCCUUAGGUAUGUCCGUUGCUCAUCAUCCAUGGUAAAGACUUCAUCUAAGCUUGGUUUUGAUAACAAUAACAUAAUAUUAAUAUCGCAAAUUGUGGUCGAGAGUCCAUUUUAAAGGGCCUCAUCCUUUGGACGCUUUGGAGCUACUCGACGCGUCUCUUUAUACGGGAAUAAGGGCGUUUAAUUCCGCAAGAGAAGAAAGAUGUCGGGCCAGACUUUGACGGACCGCAUCGCCGCGGCGCAGUACAGCCUCACGGGAUCCGAGGUGGCUCGUGCGGUGUGUAAAGCGACCACGCACGAGGUGAUGGGACCUAAAAAGAAACAUCUCGAAUAUUUGAUCCAGGCAACGCAGGAGUCCAAUGUCAAUAUUCCCCAGAUGGCUGAUACCCUGUUUGAGAGAGCAGGGAAUGCUAGCUGGAUUGUGGUCUUCAAGGCUUUGGUCACCACUCACCACCUGAUGGUCCAUGGCAAUGAGAGGUUCAUCCAAUACCUGGCCUCCAGGAACACCCUAUUCAAUCUUAGUAAUUUUUUGGACAAAACUGGCUCUCAUGGUUACGACAUGUCAACGUUUAUCAGACGCUACAGUAGGUAUCUGAACGAGAAGGCGUUUGCCUACAGACAGAUGGCUUUCGACUUUGGCCGAGUGAAGAAAGGUGCUGAUGGUGUGAUGAGAACAAUGUCUACAGACAAGCUUUUGAAAGGCAUGCCCACGCUGCAGAGUCAGAUCGAUGCUCUGCUGGAGUUUGACGUUCAUCCAAAAGAUCUUGUAAACGGGGUGAUCAAUGCUGCCUUUCUGUUGCUCUUCAAGGAUCUGAUCAAGUUGUAUGCCUGCUAUAAUGAUGGCAUCAUUAAUCUUUUAGAGAAAUUUUUCCAGAUGAAGAAAGGACAAUGCAAAGACGCAUUGGAAAUCUAUAAAAGAUUCUUGACACGAAUGACCAGAGUCUCCGAGUUCCUCAAAAUUGCUGAGCAAGUGGGAAUUGACAAAAACGAUAUUCCUGAACUUACGCAGGCCCCUGAGAGUCUUCUGGAAUCUCUGGAGACACAUCUCAACACGCUUGAGGGGAAGAAAGUUGAUGAGUCACCUACUAAGAAAGGAUCUCCAACAAGUAAUGGAACGCCUGCUGGUACCCCUGCCAAAACCGCAGAGCCCACUUCUGCAGCAGCCGCGGUAACUGAGACCGUUGCAGCAGAGCCUGCAAAAGCAGCACCAGCUACAACCACCAUCAAUAGCGGCUUUAAUGAUCUUGUGGAUUUUGAUCUGUUGGCUCCAACUGCAGGGGCAUCAGCGGCUCCCACAGCAUCAUGGGGAGAUCUGCUUGGUGAGGACUCUCUGGCUGCUCCUGCCACUGCUGCCGCUAGCUCUGAAGCACCCCUCUCUGAGGCUGACUCUGCCUCCACAGUUCCCUCUGCCGCAGCCUCUGCUACCGAACCAGCAGCUGCUGCCUCGCUGCCAGUGCCUGCCCCCGCUGCCACCGUCUCAGACAUGGAUCUGUUUGGAGACGCAUUUGCGCCCUCCCCAGGUGAUGGUCCGAGCGAGGGUGUGGCCCCAGCAGCUGCUACCGAUGCAUGUGCCGGAUCUGACCCCUGGGCCACAUCCGAGGGGAGCUCAAGCAUUGCCCCAGAGCUGGACCUCUUUGCCAUGAAGCCAGUAGAGAGUGUCGCUGCCGCAGCGUCCCCUACCAGCGCCGAGCCGAGCAUCUCGCCAACAGCGGCCCCUGCUGUCCCUUCUCCUCCCACCGCUACUGCCACCACCACCGCAUCUGCUACAACUGAACCUGUGGCCCCGCCAACACUAGACCUUUUUAGUGAUAUGUUUGAUUCUAUGCCUGAGCAAAGCUCCUCCACAGAGCCCAAAGCAACCACUCCUAGCGUAGACCUAUUUGGUGCAGAUCUUCCUGCUGUCUCGCGUGGGCCCUCACCUUUGCCUGAGGCCAGUGUGACUGGUGAUCUCUUGUCUGACUCAUUUGUUGCUCCAGCUGUUGCUCCAGUGGCUCCUACACCUGCUGCUCCAGCUGCUCCUGUCUCCCCUCCUAAAGCCGAGCCUGUACCCGUGCUGGACCUGCUUGACACAUUUGGCGACACUACUGGAGAGUCCCAGUCCAUUGCUCCCGGAGCACCAUCCGGUGACCUGCUUGGAGGGUUGAUUUCACCGGUCACCCCCACGGUCACACCAACCCCAGCAGCAGUGCCAGCCUCAGCCCCAGCUGACCUGCUGGAGUCGGGUUUUGAUGCCUUUGGCACUUCGCCGGUGUCUGUCACACCAGCGGCUGCUGACAGCGCCCCUGCCACCGUAGCGCCCUCUGGUGGCUUUGAUACGUCAGUGUUUGACGGAUUAGGAGACCUUCUGAUGCCAGCCAUAACACCUCAGAGCACAGGCGGGACCCCUAUGUCUGCAACAAGCAUGCCGUUGGCACCUGGAAUUGUGCCCACUGUUGGGCCGACAAUGGCUCCGGCCAUGGUCCCUGCAAUGGCACCGACAAUGGCACCCGUACCAGCUGCCCAACCAAUCAAACCUAUUGGAGGAGACUUGGACACUUCACUCGCCAAUCUGGUCGGAAACUUGGGAGUGGGAAGCCAAAAGAAGGACAACCAGUGGAAUGAGAAGAAGCUGACAGGAGGAGCUAACUGGACCCCUCAGGUCGCCCCUUCUAGCUGGGGCACACCUGGUGCUCAGAUGUCUGGCUCCGCCCCUGGAGCCCCAGGAGCUGCCGCCCCACCUGGAGCAAUGGCACCACCCAUGGGAGCACAGCCUGGCUUUGGCAUGCCCCCAGCAGCAGGAGGUCCCAUAAUGCCCCAGCCCAUGAUGAUGGGUCAGCCCAUGAUGAGACCACCAUUUACAGGGCCAGCAGCAACAGGAACACCCGGAGCACCAUUGUCUCCAGGACCAGCUGCUCAGAGCCCUAAAAAACCUCCCACCAAGGACCCACUUGCAGAUCUCAACAUCAAGGACUUCUUAUAACUUUCCAGUAUUUGUUUUCUCAAAGACUGAGCUCCAGUGAGACAGGUCAGCUGUCUGUUUACACCUCCAGACGCCAGAGGAGCCUGCAGCUAGAUAUCCACUGACCCCGCCCCUCCAGCCCAAACCCCGCCCACUCUGCCCCACCUAAGCAUUCCUGUGUCAUGUUGUAGCACAAACUGUGAAGUGAAUCGUAGAGAAAACAAGCAGAAAAAUGAAGAUGUGCUUAUUUCGAUGUUAUCCUUUGUUUUGAACGAAACCGAAUAAAAUGAUUAAAAAAAAAAAAACACACACACACAAAUGAAAAUGAAAUAUUAAAAAAGAUUCUUAUGUAUGUCAACUUUUUCCAGUGUUUAAGUCCGAAAUGAAUGAUGUGUGUGUGUUGAUCCCACUUUAAUUCUGGUUCCUCUGGGACUUCCCUUUUGGGGUCAGAGGUCCUAAACAGGUUGUUCAAGCGCUUUCUGUUGUAUGUUAGUUUUGGAGCAGUGUGUAUCAUUUGCAGAAAGUACUGUGUAUAUUAUCCUCAUUGAUGAAAAGGUCUCUCCUCUGCUCAAAUUUUUAUCUGUGGAUAACUUAUUGAUGUGAACCUGGUAAUCGGAUUAUAAGAAAUGCUAUUGUCAUCUCCCAUCAUCAACUGACUUAUUUGUUUACAAAUAUAAAUAUAUGAAAUAUAAAUAUAUAUGAGUUAUGUAUAAAUGAAUAACAUAUCUAGGCUCCUCUAUAACCUCUUGGUGAUUACAUGUAACUUUUGUAUUUUAACUCAUAUUAUUUUUCAUAUAUAUAUUUUUUUGAAUCUUUAGUUUGAGUUGUUUUAAUUGUCAAUGCGUUGUCAGUUCACUGUUUACAUGGAUAUCCCAAGAACCUUGAGGUUAACCUUUAUGGAUAUCCUCAGCAAAUUUGGACUUUAAUUCCACUUAAUCUCAGUGCUACAAAUCUCAGAUGAUCUCUGAGAAAGGCCUUUUGCAGUAUCUUAAAAUAAAUAUGUACAGCAAAUUGUUCAACUGGUGAUGUUUCCAAAAAAAAAAAAAAAAAAGCCCCCAAGAUUUCACAGUUGUAUAGUCAGUGGAAUGCUGUGUUUGAGUCUCAUAGUUACUUGUGCUUGUAUGAAAUCCAAACUGAAGCUGGUACAUGUAGUGUUAUUUUGUAUAAUUGUAAAAGAACCCGUUCACAUGUUUGGUUCUCAGUCUUACCCUCUCAUACUACAUUAUGAACCCUGACCCUUGUUUGUUAUACGUAACGGUUAAUUCAUACUCCCUCUGUUGGUGCGUGGUGGUACUGUAGUUUGCACAGCAAAAUGAAGUGAGGAGGAGAUAUAAGAAAAUAACUGAUUUCAUAGAUAAUAGGGCGUAGGUUAACUAGCAGUGAUAGACUCUUAGAUCUUUGUCAAAGCUUUCAGGAGGUCACUGUUAAACAGUGUUACAGAAAGGUCAGACUGACAGCCCUGAAUCGACGAGCCUCUGUAACUCACUUUCUGUUAGAUCUCUCAUGGAAAUGACUAAGGCAGAUCUUCGGAUCUCUCUUUUGCAAUUCUCUGUUCCCUUGAAAGAAAUUUUAUUUUGAUUUAUUGAUUCAUAUUUGACACCCCUACAUAGUGCAUGUAAGCCCUUUGAGAUGCAAUAAACACUGAUGGGAAGAAUUGCC